AUGAAGUGGCUGGAUGAGAUGGAAAUAGUGGUAGAUAUCAGCAGUUGUGCUGAGAAGAACAUUAUCAAGUAUGUAUCCCAGUCCUUUAAGGACGAUGCUUUGACAUGGUGGAAGGCCAUGGUUCAGUCAACAGGGAAGGUCUCCCUGUAUAGUAUGGGAUGGUCCAAGUUUGUGGACCUAAUCAAGGAGACUUACUGCCCUCCUCAUGAGGUUGAAAAGGUAGAGUCUGAUUUCAUGACUCUCACCAUGAGGAACAUGGACUGUCGGAAGUAUGUUUCUGAAUAUAACUCAAUGUACAGAUUGGUUCCAUAUUUGACUACUCCUGAGCCCAAAUGCAUUGCGCAUUUCAUCGGUGGUUUGGAACCCGAGAUUAAAGGGAUGGUGAAGGCCUCCAAACCCGCUACUUUUAGAUCCGUAGUGGAUCUAUCCCUAUCACUUAAUCAAGAUGAAGUGAGAUGGAGGUCAAUCAAGAUUGAGAUUGACAAGAAGAGGAAGCGUGAGGAUAACCGCUUCUAA